AAUGAAAAGUGAGGUUAAUUUAACGUUAUUAUUUUAGGUAUUUUUACCCACUUUUUUUAAAUUCAAACAAAAUGAUCCUAAUUCAUCAUGAAAACACGAUUGCAAUCGGCAUUAAAAAUAAUUUGUACCUAUUUAAUAUCGAAUUACAACAGUUACAAACUACCAAGAUUCCAGACCCUGUUUUGCCCCCAAAUAUAAAUAAAACUCGAAAAGAAAUACUCGUGAAGGAGCAGAGAGAUAUUAUAUCCGUGGCCUUUUCCAAAGACGGUGAAUUGAUAGCUGUUUGUACUAGUAAUAAACAGCUUUUACUUUACGAUAAAAAAUUAAGCGUCUUACGAAAUUGUGUAACCGAUCGUCUUGUAAGUAAAGUCUGCUUUUCACAUAUAAACGAAGUGAUAGUUGCUGACAGAAGUGGAGACGUUAAUUUAUACAAAUUCAACGAGAAGAAUGACGAGCCAGAGUUAAUUUUGGGGCACUUGAGUAUACUUCUAGAUGUUGCUAUAAGUGACUGUGGGAAGUACAUAGUUACAUGCGACCGAGAUGAAAAAAUUCGUGUAAGCUACUACCCAAACUCGUAUAAUAUUCUCAGUUAUUGUUUAGGUCAUGUUGAAUUUGUUAAAAAUAUUAAAAUUGUUGGCACUAUUGUGAUUUCUGCAUCGGGAGAUGGUACAAUUCGAUUUUGGGACAUUAUCACUGGAAAUGAAUUGCAUUGCAUAGAUACGAUGGAAUUUGCUGAUGAAGUAGAAAGUAAAGCUGCCCUCGAAAAAAUGUAUGCAGAUGUAGACUCUGAACACCUUGAAAUUUAUACUUUGCCAAUAACUCAAAUGGAAGUUAUGUCUAAUGGUAACGUUGUGUAUGUUGCAAUUAAUUUACUUCACUGUAACAGUAUUCAAGUGCAUUUUGCGGAGAUAAACAGUGAUAAGAGCAUUUCAAGCAAAUUUCUUUCGAAUAUCGACUUAAAGGAAACCAUUCUUGCAUUUAGUUUACAAAGAAAUUUUUAUAUUCUAACUGAAAGCAGUUUUUACUUCUGUACUGUGUCUCCAACCGGUUUAGAUGUUAAUAUUUGUAAAUUAUUAGAUGUACUAUUUGAAGAAAUUAAAAAAACUGAAGAUUUUUGUGUUAAAUGUAACGAUAAUGUUAUUUAUUCUUUAUAUAAAAGAAAAUAUAAUAAUGUUGAAGAAUAUUUGGAGAGAAAAAAGCAAAGAUUAGAAAGUAAGAAGUAAAUGUUUUUCAUUUAUACUGCGAGAAGUUAAUACACAAUAAAUAUUUUAUUAAUUA